AUGGCUGAUGAUAAGGGUGAUAGUGGAAGUGAAAACGGUGCUCCCACGGUCAACAUUGACGAGAUUGUGAUAGGUCAAGCAGCUACGGAUGUUAUUAGUGACGAUGUCAAGGGUCUGGACGCCAACCGCUACGCGACAAAGAAGACUGUUGCUCAGGGCAUGCUGGAUAUAGCGCUGCUGACAUCCAAUGCCUCUCAACUGAAAUAUGUACUGCAAGUGGGGCCAAAGCAUGAGUUCUAUACGUUGCUGGUAGUGCUCAUUUCCAUCUCCAUUAUUCUACAGGUGGUGUCAGCGAUAGUGGCUAUAGUUCUUGGAUGCAUUUUCAAUAUAAAUCGCCAACCGGAUCAAGGCAAAGCUGAAAUUCUGAACAACGUCAAUUUAGGCUUCAAAAGUGUGACAAUAGGACUUAAUGUAUUGAUAAGCAUAUUCUACUCCAUUCAAGCUGAUGAUAUUGUAGUGUGACAUGUUAGAAUUUCUUGAUUUUUAACAAUAAGAAAUUGAUAGAUAGUAUUGUAUCAUAUUAAGUAAGUAACCACUGAGAGAAUUCGUCAAAUUAAUGACAAUAUAAUAUUAAUAUCACUUUAUAAUUAAGUAUUGCCUAAUGUUAAAUAACAUUUGUGGAUAU